AUGCUCCGUCGAAACAUUCGAUUACGAAGAGAGUAUCUGUACAGAAAAAGCUUAGAAGGCAAAGAACGUUUACUUUACGAGAAGAAACGCAAAAUCAAAGAAGCCCUAGCUGAGGGAAAACCGAUUCCUACUGAGCUUCGAAACGAUGAAGCUGCUCUUCGUCAAGAAAUUGAUCUUGAAGAUGAAAACACUGCAAUACCGAGAAGUCAUAUUGACGAUGAGUACGCAAAAGCAACUGAAAGAGAUCCGAAAAUUUUAUUGACUACGUCGAGGGAUCCGAGCACUCCUCUUAUUCAGUUUGUUAAGGAAUUGAAGUUUGUGUUUCCGAAUGCAGAACGAAUCAAUCGUGGUGGUCAGGUUAUAUCUGAGAUUAUUGAAAGUUGUCGUGCGCAUGAUUAUACUGAUGUAAUUUUGGUGCAUGAGCAUCGUGGAGUGCCGGAUGGUUUGGUUAUAUGCCAUCUACCGUUUGGUCCAACUGCUUACUUUGAAUUACUCAAUGUGGUUACUAGACAUGACAUUAAGGACAAGAAAGCCAUGGGAACUAUGCCUGAGGCCCACCCACAUUUGAUUCUUAACAAAUUUGAAUCCAAGCUGGGAGAAAGGACAGCAAACAUUCUAAAACAUCUUUUCCCUGUGCCGAAGCCAGAUACUAAACGCAUCAUCACUUUUGCAAAUCAAUCUGACUAUAUCUCCUUCAGGCAUCAUAUUUAUGAAAAGCUUAGAGGCCCCAAGUCUGUUGAGCUCAAAGAGAUUGGUCCACGGUUCGAAAUGCGGCUUUAUAAGAUAAAGUUAGGAACAGUGGAUCAGACUGAAGCGCAAGAUGAAUGGGUGUUAAGACCAUACAUGAACACAACAAAGAAGAAGAAUACACAUGGAAGACCCCUCAGGAGUCCCCUCCUUCCUAUGAGGUACAAGCCAGAAAAGCUUGGUCCUUGUAGACGAACAGCUCGUCAACAGUGUCCCCUUCUGCCACCUGUAUCAACUAUCAACCGAGCUGAACGGUUACCUGUUGGCAUAACUCCAUCAGCAAGUUAUGCUUACAACUUGCUUCGCCUGUGA